AUGGCUGCAGCGAGCAGCUUCCAAGCUAGGGACUUCCAGUGGGUGGCACAGUUGCCGGUCCUCUGGGAAAACAACCGUGCCUUCCGUGAACGGUCUUUGAAUGGCCAGUCGCUGUUGCGUGGGAUUCACCAGCCCGGGCAUGGAGACCGCGAAGUCGUGCUUGGCAACAUUCAGUGCUGCAAGUUGAAUGGCGAGGUGUUGAAAGUCGUCCUGAAACUUAUGGGUGACGAAGGGUGCAUUUUUGUAGCCAAAGUUUACCUGCUUCAUGCAGCUGCAUUGGAGUUUCAUAGCAACUCUGGAUAUCCGGAAGCCGCCUCUUUGGGCGCGGUGGCUCAUUCGGACGGCUGGGGCUUGAAACGCAUGCUGAGCUUCUUGAAGCGCAAAUGGAUGAGGGGUCAGACACCUCGUGACAGACUGAUUCGUGCAUUGGUUGCUGAGUUCCAGCGGGCCUACGAGACUCUCAGGGCUGCUGUUGGCGAUCGCAUAGCGCGGGCUCUCAGAGCUCGAGGGGACGAUGAUGACACCGAUGAUCCAGAUGGAGCCCUUGAUGUGGACUCCGACCAGUGCCGUGCCCCUGCACCGGCACUGGCCGAGGUUUUCGAAGCGCCCCCGCCAGCCCCCGCAGCCGUCGAGGAGCCAGUGGCCACGGCAGCAGAUGUCGUGCUUCCGGCCCCGGCCAGCGAGGUGCCGCAGGACGGGGCACCAGCAGAGACUGAGGAUGAAGAGAAGGCCAAGGAUGCGAUGCAGGAUCGGCCACCGUCCCAGGAAGACUUGAUAGCGCAACUCAGAAUUGCGGAGCUGAAGCUCGAGGCCAAACGCUUGAUGGCCAUAGAGCGGAAGCGUGCUGUGAAGCAGUUUGCCAAGAGCCUGCCACGAGGACCGAUCGCUGUGGAUUCAGAUGAUGAGGCAAACCCUUCACCCCCGGUCAAGUCUGCUGCAUUGCUUCCGACCUCCGCGGCAAAUCCGGAUGCUUUGGAGACCCAGCCUUUCGAGAUGGACACUCAGACGGUGCAAGAUGUCCUGACUAGGUUGGACCAGCCCGUGCCAUCGCCCCCUGCCAAGACCUUUGCUGAGCUUCAGACUUUGGUCCUGAGCCCCCAGAACACUACGUCGCCGGUUGCGUCGCCUUUGGUGCCGCCAGCCGAAACGGAGACCCCGAGUCCCCGAGGUGUUCCUGUGGCUGAAAUCACGCCGGUGAAGACUUAUGCCAGUCGCGACGAUCAGCUUCAAGUGAAGGGCGCCAACGAGGACGAGAAGAAGGCCAGAGCGGCUGAGAAGGAGGCACAAAAGGCUGAGAAAGCUACUCGUGGGAGAGGCCGGGGUGGCCGUGGCAGAGGCCGCGGUAAUGCGCGGAAGACGUCCCAUGCCGCUGACGAGCUGCACCAUGGCCAGGAUGACGAGACCAAGGCAGAGGUUGCUGAUGCCGAGGCCUCGGGGAGUGCAGAGAUGGAGAAGGGCAAGAAGAAGAAAGGGGGCCGACCCAGGAAGGAUCAGCAAGACGAGUGUCCGCAGACCGAGACGGGCAAGAAGAACAAAGGGGGCCGACCCAGGAAGGAUCAGCAAGACGAGUGUCCGGAGAUUGAGACGGGCAAUGGCAAGAACAAAGGGGGCCGACCCAGAAAGGAUCAGCAAGACGAGUGUCCCGAGUCCGAGACGGGCAAUGGCAUGAACAAAGGGGGCCGACGCAAGAAGGAUCAGCAAGACGAGUGUCCGGAGACCACGGGCAAAGCUAAGAAAGCCAAAAAGGGAAAUGCAGCAGCUGAAGCUGCCGAUGCUCCAGCCUUGCGAGUUCGUGGCAAGAGAUGCGCGGAAGUGGCUUCGCAGCCGAAGUCCAAGCGUGUGCCAGUGCCAGUGCAGACCCAAAGUGGCUAUACGUGGCCCUUGACCUUUGCUCGCCGCUACCGCCCCCGUGGGGACAACUACACCCAGAAGCUCUGGGAGGGAUGUAUUCUUGCAUUCAAGAAUGUGAUCGUGUCCCACCUCGAACCGGGCUCGCAAUCGGCCGCUCAGUCCGACUUCUUCGAUUUUGCGAAGCAGUUCAUCCCGAACGAUGAGAAAGUUUCCACUCGAGUUGCAAUGUUCAAGAGCUGCUCUUUGGCAGCUGCUAGGUUUGUAGAGACGCUCGAGCAAGCCUGA